AUGCGUUUACGCAGAUUUAAUGUGUAUUCCGAGUAUGUACCAGGGAAACAGAUGGUUGUCCCGGACACAUUGUCCAGAAGUCCUUCUAAGCAUUCAGAUACAGACAACACUGUUGAAGAAAUUACCAUUUAUGUGAACUCUGUUUUGGAGACAAAACCAGUGUCGGAUCAUAAGCUAGAACAGAUAAGGCGAGAGACAGAUCUAGACAAUGAACUUAGACUUGUUAUGAACUUGACAAAACAAGGUUGGCCUGAUCACAUCAAUUCAGUACCAGAAGGAGCUAGAGACUACUUUUCUGCGCGAAGUGAACUUUCCAUAUUUGAAGGAAUUCUGUUGUUCCGUGACAGAAUAGUUAUUCCAGGAGUCCUUCGCAGUGAGAUUCUGGAAACUAUACAUGAUGGACAUAUGAGUAUAUCAAAGUGCCGUGAACGUGCAGCAACCUCUGUAUGGUGGCCUGGUCUGUCAAAAGAAAUAGCCACCAAAGUUGCAAAUUGUGAAAUUUGCCAGGCACAGAGACCUACCCAAAGGAAAGAGCCGUUAAAAACAACAACCCUACCUGAGCGUCCUUGGCAGAGAAUAGCUGCAGAUUUAUUCGAAAUUGACGAUAAACACUACAUAGCUGUCAUGGAUUAUUUCUCACGAUAUCUGGAAAUAGCCUAUCUACCCAGUAUAACCAGCGACCAAGUCAUUGGCAAAUUGAAGAACAUCUUUGCUAGAUGGGGCAUUCCGGAAAUACUAUUUACAGAUAAUGGUACCCAAUUUACCUCGCAAACCUUCAGGACAUUCGCAAAGGAGUAUAACUUCAUGCAGUUAUUCUCAAGUCCGCACUAUCCCCAAGCGAAUGGAGAGGCUGAGAGCGGAGUUAAAAUUGCAAAACACAUUCUCAAACAGCCGGAUAUUUUCAAAGCACUCAUGGCAUACAGAUCAACGCCAAUUGCCGCAACAGGCGUAAGCCCUGCAGAAUUGAUCAUGGGACAGCGAAUUAGAACAGCUUUACCUACUUUGGACAAGACGUUAAAUCCAAGAUGGCCGGACAUAAAUACCAUCCGCAGUCAUGAUGAGGAUACGAAAGAACGUUACCGAUUCUACUUUGACAAGCAUAAUGCGGUACGUCCACUUCCUAGUCUGAAGGAAGGAGAAAGAGUCUUGGUAAAACUCGACAAUGAAAACUUGUGGAAGGAUACAGGAGUUAUCAAGAGUUUUGACCCUGAUCAGAGAACAUGCGUCAUCGAAACUCCUCGUGGAAACAUACGUCGCAAUAGAAGGCAUGUGAAAUUUACAUCAUCGAAACCACAAAAUCUGAAAACAGUCGACAUACCGGUAACAGACACUUUAUUUGAGAACUUCGACAACGAUUCGUUCCGAGCAGUAGAGAAUCCGAACCAAGCAAAUGAACCGAAAACAUUGCAAUCUGGAUCUGGAACUCCUACGACUGUUACGCGAUCUGGAAGAACAGUUGUUAAACCUAGUCGUUUUAAUGACUUUAUUCCUCUCGAAUGA